CCUACUACUCCAAACACACUCAGCCCACGUGACAAAUCGACCGACCUGAUUUUCAGCCGUUCAUGAUCACCGCGGCCCUCGUCCGAUGAACGGCCUUGAUCUCAUACACGUGCCGAUCUAGCACGUCUUACCGCGGCAAUCUCCUUUCUCCCUCCUAAAUACCUCUCCUCACAAAUUCAAAUCUUAGAAAAACCCUAAUCCUCUCUCUCUCUCUCUCUCUCUCAAAAUUCCCAUGCUUUUAAAUCUCAGAAAACUCAAUUCCUGGCAAUCCAAACGCUCCAUCGUCUCUCUCUGCUUUCAUUCCAUUCCCCUACAAAACCCUAACCCUUUUCCACAAAACCCUUCAAACGCUCCCAUCUCAAAUUCCAAUCUCCAAACCCUAACCCUCGCCCAAUACCGGCAAGGCAAAUUCCACAACCUUCUCCAAUCCGUCGUCUCCGAUCCCUCCGUCCUCUCCGCUGCCGUCCGAAACAUCACCCCAACCCCGAAUUCCGACGCACCCGCCUCUGAUCCCAGUUCGGAUUUAUUCCCAAUCGAAGCCCUCUCUCUUGAGCUCCGCGCCAACGGAUUUGACGUGGGAUCAUGUUGCGUCCGGUUGAUACCCAACCGGAAGAAAGGAGAGCCGCUGGUUCUCCCCAACCUGAAACUGAAGGUCGUGAUUGAGGCGGUCCGGAUGGUGCUGGAAGUCAUCUACGAUUCGCGGUUUGCGACGUUUGCAUACGGUGCCCGAGUCGGGAUGGGCCGGCAUACUGCAGUUCGGUACUUGAAGAACUCUGUGGAAAAUCCAAACUGGUGGUUCCGCAUUGAAUUUCGUCAGAAAAAAUUCGAUAUUUGCCAUAUUCAGAAAUUGGCUUCCAUCUUGACAGAAAAGAUUGAGGAUCGAGCUUUGGUUGAUCUGAUACAGAAAUUCUUUGAAUUUGAGGUAGUUCAGGUCGAAUUCGGAGGGUGUUAUUUUGGAAGGGGUUUCCCGCAAGAGAGCAAUUUGAGUGCCAUUCUGGUUAAUAUAUAUUUCAACGGUCUAGAUCAAGAGAUCCAGGAUCUACGGUUGAGGAUUGACAGCAAGAAUCCAAAAUUUGAUCCCCAGGAGAUUUCGGGCUGGUCCGGUGUUUUCCAUAAACCUGUAAAAGUAUAUGCAGUCAGGUACUUGGAUGAGAUAUUGGUUAUAACUUCAGGCUCGAAAAUGCUGACUAUGAAUUUGAAAGACCGAGUUGUUAGAUUUUUAGAAGGGAAUUUGGAGCUGAAGAUAGAUAGAUUGAAGACUUCAAUCCACAGCGCUGUGUCCGAGAAGAUGGAUUUUCUCGGAAUGGAGAUUCAGGCAGUCUCGCCGAUGGUUUUGCAUCCGCCCAUGUCGGAUAAGGCGAUCCGGGCCCAGAAGAAGUACAUCAAACGGAAGGAGGCGAGGGUGUUAGAAAUGAGGAAUGCAAGGGAGACGAUACGGAAGAAAUUGGGAUUGAAGAUUCUGAGCCAUGUUUUCAAGAAGCUGAAGCGGUGUGACGGGUUCAAAUUUGAGAUGAAGAUUGAGAAUGAGGUUCGCGAGAUUUUCGGGGUUUGGGGAGAGGAAGUUGUUCGGGAGUUUUUGGGGUCUUCCGAGGAGUGUUGGAAUUGGCGCCGGAAGCUGUCCUCAGGUGAUUUUUUGUCAAUUAAAGCAGUCAGGGACCAGCUGCCACCGGAGCUUGUGGAUGCCUAUGAUGAAUUCCAGGAGAAGGUUGAUAAGUAUAUGAAGGUGGAGAGAGCUUGUGAGGUCUUGGAGGAAGAAGAUAAGAACGAAGAAGAAGAGAGGCAGAAAUAUGCGGUGAGAACAGUGGAGGAUUUGACAAAGUUGUGUAUGAAAGUCGAUGCGCCGUUGGAGCUGAUAAGGAAGGCUGUUAAGAUUGCAGGGUUUACAAAUUCGAUGGGCCGCCCGCAGCCCAUCAAGUUACUUAUCGCACUUGAAGAUGCCGAUAUUAUCAAGUGGUAUGCUGGUGUUGGGAAGAGAUGGCUCAAUUUCUUUUGCUGUUGCCACAAUUUUAGAAUGGUUAAAACUAUUGUCAGCUACCACUUGAGGUUCUCAUGUAUCUUGACGUUGGCAGAAAAGCACGAAUCUACCAAGCGUGAAGCGAUCAGGCAUUACACGAAGGAUCUGAAAGUCCCUGGUGUGGGUGGCUCAGAGGAAUUGCACUUUCCCACGGAACGGGAGAUUAAAAUGAUGGGUGAUAGAAAUCUUUCCGACCCAAAACCUGUAGAUGGGAACCUAUGCAUGGCUUUGAUUAGACUAGCAUCUGAUGAGCCACCAUGUCGCUGUCUGGUGCAUUUCUGCGAUAGGACGGAUACUGUUUUUUAUCGAAUCCGUUUACUGCAAAAUCGUCUGAAUGUCGAUCCAUUAGACCAGAAGAAGUGGGUCCAAGGAAUGGGUGCCAUUCACGAAAGUCUGAACCGGAAGUGCCUCCCGCUCUGUUCGAAACACAUAAGCGAUAUAUACUUGGGCAGCAUCUCUCUCCAGGACAUUGACUGUACUAAAUGUGUUCAUCUGCAGUGAAUGAAACUCUUAGCCCACAUUUGGGUGGGCCUGGAAUUGUAUGUCACACAGAUAUUUUGGAUGGGAACUCAUUCUGUGGUUCAUGUAAGGAAGGCACGUAAUUCAGGAUCCGCAUUCUGUUUAUAGUUGGUAAUUCUCCCUCCCCAGUAGGUGUUUGAUUUGCAUGGAGAAACAUAUGGGAUUCGUGUAGCUGGUAAGGGAAAAGCCAGAAGAGUUGUUUAUCAGUUGGGGCAAUGGGCCUUUCAGAAAGGAGUAAAAAAUGCUUUGGAAUCUGCUUCCAUUUGUUCCAUGUUGGGUGAUGUGGAAGGAAAGAAACAGCAGAAUAUUCAAGGAAGAGUUCUCUUCAUCGCUGGAAUAUUUGGAAAAAAAUCAAAGCAUUGUCAGUUGGUUGCUCAACUCCAAUUUCAGGGGUAUUCACGCCUCAGAUCUGUAUAGAGAGUGGUCAUCGGUUGCAUGAGCAAACAUUCGAAGAUGAAGCUGGUCACUUGAUGGCUCCCUCCUGUCAGUAUGCGUAAAUUAAACUUUUAUGGUGCUUCCUUCUGCAGUCUUGGACUGGUGUGGUUUUAAGAGAUAAUAGUGGUUGCAUCCAUUUUGUAUUUUUGGGCCCUUCUAUGGGGUGUGGCCCAUAUGGUCGAAAGCCCUAUCACUUUGCGAAUCAAAUUAUAUUUUCUGUAAGAUUGAGGUUGGGUUGAUUAUUGUUGAGGGCUUGCCUAAUGUAAUUCAGUCUGUGAACCAAGCAAGGUCUGAUCUUUCA